AUGGAUUUUGAACUUUUUAAAACGGAAUGGACUCUGCUACCAGCACACUCUCAGCAGCCGGGUAUACCCAACCAUGUGCAGCCGGGGAGUUUGCCGGCUCAUCUAUCCGGGGGACCUCCUAAACCUAAUCAUCAGUUCCAACCACAGGGUGGUAUACCUAGUGGACCUCCUCCCUCUUCUACUCCACCAACUCUUCAGCCUCAAUCCCUUCCUUCACAGCCUCCUAUUCAGCCUCAGCAACAGAUAGUUGCUGCACAACUCAUUCCUCAACCUAAACCAAGAGAGAAGAGAGGGUUAGAUAUUAUAAACCCUGAUACUGGGAAGAGCAUAUUUGCUGAUGCUAAGAAGGAAUCUACUCCACAACCUACUCCACUAGCACCAGCUGAGGUUGCUCCUGUGGAAGAACCUGUGAUAAAGAAUGCUUCUAGUGGAUUUGCUGCUCAGUUUGCAGCGCAGGUAGCUGCCGUAGCAGACGUAAAGCAGGGUAAGCAGCCGGUUGUAGAUACUAAACCUGACGCUGUUCCUGGAAAUAAAGCAGCGGACACCCCCAUACAGAACAAAGAGAUGUUGAGUGUUGUCGCUGAAACUAAAAGAGAAGAAAGUCUCUACGAGCCUGUGAGCCCUACACCUCUACCCGACAGCCCCGUGGAAGAGGUUAAACCUAGUCCGGCCUCUGAGGACAAACCUGGAUCUCCUGUUCCCGCCGAUGACGGUUUUAUCGAGGCCAGGAGCAGGAAGAAGAAGUCUGCUGCUACUAAAAAAGCUGAGUUGAACAGGAAGGGAAUGGAGAAGGAGCAGAAUAAGGAUCUAUUGGAAGUAUUUAUGGACGGAUCUGCGCCAACAAAGAAAACUACUGCAGAGGAACCCGCCGCCAAACUGCCUACCCCGCCCAAGGAGCAGGAUUCCGAGCCAGUGAAGCCCAAGGAGCCCGAAUUUAAGGAACCAACUCCGCCCAAGGCUGAACCUCUCAAAGUCACCGUAAACGAGUUUGUUCCCCGAAACUUCGUGGCGGAGAAAACUCCAGAACCGGUUCCCGCCGAGGUAGUGGUUCCUGAGCCCGAGAUUAAAACUAAUGGUAUAGAUGCUGUUACUGCUGGAAACCAUGCUGAGGAGGAAGACGUGGAGGAGGUUGAAGAGGGAGAGAUUGUGAGUGAUACUGAAGAAGAGAUGGAGGGGAAAACUAAGUUGAAAUAUGAAUACAAGGAUGAUCAAUGGUCCCCACUGAACCCCGAGGGUAAGAAACAGUAUGAUCGAGAGUUCCUGAUCAAACUUCAGUACGAAGAAUUAUCCAUGACGAAACCUUUAACUCUCCCCAACAUGGAGAUUGUCAAAGAUAAACCCACUUCAAGAUCUUCAAGUAUGAGAUCCUUUGAUUUUGCUCCACAUUUUGUGAUAUCCAACUCAAGUAGACAAGGACCAAAUAAGAGGUUGAGCAAAAGCAAAGACGCCCCAAAGCCCUCCGUCCGUGUGAUUUCUAUCCCGAGCUUUAGUCAGGAUGUUCAGUUGCAUAAGGCAGAGAAUGCUUGGACCCCCGGGAUUGCGGCUAAAAAGGCCGGAAUAGAAAUUUCCGAGGAUGAAACAGCCGACCUAGCCAAGAAGGUCAGAGCAAUCCUUAACAAACUCACCCCGCAGAAGUUUGAAGUCCUAGUUCAGAAGUUUAAAGAGCUUCCAAUUGAUUCCGAGGCCAAACUUAAGAUUUGCAUGGAGUUGAUAUUUGAGAAGGCUGUGGAUGAACCUUCCUUCAGUGUUGCAUACGCUCAAAUGUGUCAAUCCCUCAUGAAGAAGUCGAUUAUUGUAAAAGAAGGUACGGAGCAGAAGGAAUUGUCUUUCAAGAAGCUUCUGAUCACCCGUGUUCAGCAGGAGUUCGUCAAGGACUACAUGGACGAUGUGGACAGAGUAGGACACGAGGCCAAGAUGGAGGAUCCUAAUCUAUCAGAAGAGGAAAAGAAGCUUGCUAGAGAUACUUUCAUGGCACUUGAAAUGAAAGCUAGACGGAGAUCCUUGGGUAAUAUUAGAUUUAUAGGAGAAUUAUACAAACUAGAGAUGUUAACCUGCAAGAUUAUGCACGAGUGUGUAUUUAAACUUCUUAAGACAACAGACGACGAAUCUAUUGAGUGUUUGUGUCGGUUGAUAACUACAGUAGGCCAGGUUCUGGAGAAGGAAACAGUUCAGAAGAUGUCGACGACACCUAAGGAGAGGAUCGCUAGUAUGGGUAUCCGAGAUAUCGCAUUCUACUUCACGGAGAUGAAGAAAAUUAUCGCAGAGAAAGUGAUCAGCGCCAGGGUGAGAUUUCUGAUGCAGGACGUCGUGGACCUCCGUGCUAAUAACUGGCAGAAGAGGAGGGAGGAUGCCGGCCCUAAAACCAUAGAAGAGAUCCAUGCACAAGCUAAGAAGGAGCAGUUGAGUGAGAAACUUAAUAUGUAUAACACAGGUCCUCCCCCAUCCAUGCCGAGACGAGAUGAUCCUCGUAAACGAUCUCAGAAGAGUUCCAUAAGCAACCAGGAGGAGGGAGGAUGGCAGGUCCCCACCAGGGCCGCCAAGAACACCUUGGACAAAUUUGAUAGCUCCAGGGUGAGAAACAUGGUUAACCAUAAAGUAGACAUUGACACUGUUCAGCUCGGUCCUUCAAUUGGUAGAGGAGGAGGUGGGUUCGGAACCUGGGGUAAGGGAUCUGCAGGACCCAAGAGCAGUAGACAUGAGGACACUACAAUGCAGAAUAAUAGGUUUGCAAGUCUCUCCAGUGAUUCCAACCCCGCUUACGAGGGAAGAACUAGCGGAGGUUACUCUUCCAGCCGACCUGGAUCUAGACCAGGUUCCUAUGUUGGUCGUGGGAGUCGAGGUCAGUCAGUGGAUAAUGACAAGGCCACAUUGUUGCAGGCUGUGAAGGAAAUGAAUCCUGGUGGCGGGAGAUCUACGAGUACGAUCUUACCCCGGGAUUCAGAGCGUGGAUCUGUUGUUACUAAAUCUGCCAGUAUGAUGGCUCCUCCAGUUUCCUCUUCAUCUGAAAGCCUUCUGCGUGGUAAAUCAACGGAGUCCAGAGAAAACCUGGACAAAAUAUCUAAGGGCCUUUUAGAAGAGUUUCUCAGCGUCUGUGAUUAUAACGAAGCUGGUCAGUGCUUGAUCGAGAAGUUUCAUCCUGACACUAUUAGUAUGUUUGUCGAAGCUGCAUUAAAUGAAGUGAUCGAUUCUUCUGAAAAGAAUCGCAGGAACGCUGGUAGUCUGUUAUCGAACUUAGUGAAGAAAAACAUUUUAAAAUCUGAAAGUCUAAUGUUCGGGCUUUCUAAAUUCUUGGAAUUUGCCCCCGACAUAUUAGUUGAUGUUCCUAAACUCUGGGAUUUCCUAGCAUCUGUUCUAUCAACCUCCCUACUAGACGAGACAUUAACUCUAACGCUGCUAGAGAAAAGCAAUGAGGCUCUGAGAGCAAUUGAUCCUGCUUGCUGCGGCAAGUAUAUGGGAGCAGUAUUUAGAGAGCUUGGUAAACAGAACGAGGAGAGAGCUAGUCUUCUGUGGGCUAAUUCUGGUCUAUCCUGGUCAACCAUUCUGGAACCAGAAUCAGAUAUUGCAGAAUUCGUCAAGGCUAAUGGUGUCGGGUUCACAGUCACAGCUGGUUCAGGAUCCGGUGCUAAGAAAGGAUUUAAUUCUGAAUCCUUCAAAACCGGUCUCUCCGAGAAGCUCGGAUCUGGAGAGAAUCGAAGCGGAGUCGUUGAGUAUAUAAACGCUCGUGUUAGUCAGGAGGAACAGGCAGACCCCAUGUUUAUACGGACACUGUUAACGGUCGUCGUUGAGUCCUCUCUAGACGGUCUCGGCGGUCCUAUUAGUGAUAUCAAGUUAAAGGAAGAGGUUUUCCAGUCUCACUGCACAGAUAUACUACAUAAGCUUGUGAGUGGACCCGAAGCAGAACUAGAGGCUUUAUUCGCUCUGCAGCACCUUAUGCAUAGGUUGGAGCAUCCUAACCGUGUAUUGACCCAACUGUUUGAGAAGCUGGAGCAGCAGGAUGUUAUCCGUCCUGAAUCCUUCUUGCAGUGGAAGCAGAACGAAGACUCAGCCAACCUGCCGGGGAAAGGAGUUUGUGUCAACUCCACAACACAGUUCUUCGUCUGGUUGCAGGAGAACACGGAGGAGGAGGAGGAGAAUGAGGAAUAAAUCCAACAUUUCAUAUUUUAAUAUUUGUAGUUUAAUUUUACAAAAACUACAGCUAGAGACAUUAGCAGAGAGGAUUAACUCGCUCUGGAUUAAACAUAUUAAAUCUACUCCUGGUAUAAUGAAAAAUAUCCUAGUCCUACACUAAGGAUUACAAUUGAAAUUAAAUCCUCUAAAAAUGAGGGGAGGGGGGGGUCGUACUGUUCUUUUUUGUUCAAGGAUAAAAAUGGGAUCUAAAAGUUGGCAUAGUUUCUUCAGUCAUGAGCAACCAGGGGGAUUAAGUUGUUUUUGUUAAUGUAUAUAUUCUCCUAUGUUCAGCAUUGUAGAUCACACUAAAGGUUGAUAAUCCAGUUUAAUCAACAUUGCAAGUUAUUAGUAACACUUAUGUGAUUUUAUACGACUACGUGCUAAAAUAAAAUUUUAUUAUUUA